AUGUCAGAUCGCUCCGAUCGUCCGGGCCGGCGCCGUCCCUUCUCCACGUGGGUAAAAAAGCUCACGACCAACUUCAAAAACUCCUCCAGCGACGGCCAGCUCCGCAACGGCUCCGAAUCGAAGCGACUACAGGGCAAGAAGGGCCACAAGAAGCACGUGUCGAAGAACAACAACCCAUACCCGCAGUCAGGCCGUGUCGGGCAGGGACAGACAAACCACAGCUCGCACUCGUUCUCGUCAACAGGCCGCAGCGGCAGUGCAACGUCACUAGAACGGAGCGUGCGGUCCGACGACGACCGACCCCCCCACACAGCGGGCGGGGCACGGUCGCUGGCGCCGACGGUAGCGACGGACCAUGAGGCGCCGCAUUCGAUGGUCGCGCCGUCGCAUGGCGCCUCGUCCGUCGCCGGGACGAACCGCACGGCCGGGGGGAUCGAUUCGAGGCGGGGUGGUGACAGCACCUUCUCGUCGCCGGCGCCGUCCGUGCGGUCGCUGACAACAACCCUGACGACGAUCCAAUCGACCAUGGCGCCGAACACGCAAACGACGACCAGCAACGCCGGUAACGGACACCACGGUGGCGGCGGCGGCGGCGGCCACCAGGGCCACACGCAGUCGAUUCA